CUUAUAACGUCGAAGUCAGUUGUUGCACUAAUAUACCCGGACACUUUGCUCGUGCAUUGCGCAUGAGUGAUAGGCGUCGCCGCAAAACCUAGCUUCUUGUACUAAAAUUUUUACCAUGAAGGAGACAGUACCUUCUGAGGCACCAAAAGUUAUAAAACAGCUACAGUUCAGCUUGCUCAAUGCCCAAGAUACGGUCAAGAUCUCCGAGUUCCAGAUCACUCAUCGCGACUUGUAUACGCCCACCGAUCGACUUCCCGUCAAAGAUGGCGUCUUAGAUCGCCGGCUGGGAACAACAGAGAAGAACGCAUUUUGCGAGACCUGCGGCCUCAAUUCUGUCGAUUGCGUUGGCCACUACGCAUAUAUUAAACUGGUGGUCCCAGUAUUCCACAUCGGCUACUUCAAGCAUACCAUUGCCAUCCUCCAGGCCAUAUGCAAAACCUGCGCUCGCGUGCUACUGGAGGAACCCGACCGGCGGACAUACCUCAAACGCUUCCGCAGAACAGGUCUUGAAAAUAUCCACCGGCAGGCGUUAUGCAAACAGGUCAAUACGAUGGCACGAAAGGUCGUCUACUGUCCGUACUGCUCAGCAACGAAUGGCGCUGUUAAAAAGGCAGGAGUACUGAAGAUUAUCCACGAUAAAUUCCGCGCGAAGAAGACAGCAGACGAGAUGGAGAAAUGGAAGCGUACAUUUGCUCCAGCGGUAGAGGCGCAGAAGGAACUUGGGAUGUACUUGAACAAGGCAAUCCAUGAAGAUUUAAAUCCACUAAAAACUCUCGAUCUCUUUAAGAGAAUAUCCGAUGAGGACAGUGAAUUACUUGGUCUACGACCCGAGUUUGGUCGUCCAGAAGAGUAUAUCUGGCAGUACAUUUCCGUUCCACCGGUUUGCAUCAGACCAUCCGUUGCCCAGGAUGGAGCUUCCAACGAAGAUGACCUCACUGUCAAACUUACGGAGAUCGUUUUCACCAAUGCCCUCAUAAAGCAAGGUCUGUCUAAAGGAGCGCCCACUGCACAAUUCAUGGAACACUGGGAGUUCCUUCAACUUUCUGUCGCCAUGUACAUCAACUCCGAACUUCCUGGGGUACCCUCACAAGCUGGUCAAAAGCCAAUGAGGGGCUUUGUACAGCGCCUGAAGGGUAAACAGGGUCGAUUCCGUGGUAAUUUGUCUGGGAAACGUGUCGAUUUCUCCGGUCGCACCGUGAUCUCCCCUGACCCAAACUUGCGUAUCGAUGAAGUAGCGGUACCAGAGCGUGUCGCGAAGAUAUUGACAUACCCGGAACGUGUGACUUCCCACAACAUUGACGGUCUCAAACAAGCCGUUCGCAAUGGGUGUGAUGUGCACCCCGGCGCUAACUACGUAACAGCGGGCAGUAGUGGCUUCAAGAAAUUCUUGAAGUUUGGCAAUCGCAAUGCGGUGGCUGACAGUCUGAGAAUUGGAGACAUUGUCGAGAGGCAUAUCAUCGAUGGUGAUAUCGCCUUGUUCAAUCGGCAACCCAGUCUACACAAGCUCUCGAUCAUGUGUCACAGGGUCAAGGUUCGUCCUUGGCGCUCCUUCCGUCUAAACGAAUGUGUUUGCGGCCCUUACAAUGCCGAUUUUGAUGGCGAUGAAAUGAAUCUUCAUAUUCCUCAGACGGAGGAAGCAAGAACAGAAGCGCUCGAGCUCAUGAGCGUGAAACAUAAUCUAGUCACUCCUCGGAACGGAGAGCCUGUGAUCGCCGCCAUUCAAGAUUUUAUCACGGCUUCCUACUUGAUGACUCGUAAAGAUACAUUUUUCGACCGUCGCCAGUUCACGCAAAUAUGUUGCUACUUUGCCGAUGCCAACUUACAGAUUGACAUACCCCCACCGACGAUCUGGAAGCCUAUACGACUAUGGACAGGCAAACAGAUUUUCAACGUUCUCAUGCGUCCUAACAAGCAAUCCAACGUAUUUGUGAACGUUGAAUGCAAGUGCAAUAAACCGGAAAAGCUAAAACCUGAACAUUACCCCUCCAUCAAAGAUCCUGCCCCAGAUCUGUCUCCGAACGAUGCUUGGCUUGUCAUCGUCAACAGCGAAGUUAUGUGUGGUGUCAUGGAUAAAGCCAUCGUCGGCAGCGGGAAGAAGAAGUCGAUAUUCGGAAUAAUCAUGAGGGACUACGGCCCACACGAGGCUGCCGCGGCCAUGAACCGUGUAGCAAAACUGUGCGCUCGUUGGUUGGCCAACUUCGGUUUCUCUCUCGGAAUCAACGAUGUCAUUCCAGGGCCUAUCCUUGCGUCGAAGAAAAACCAGAUGGUUGAGGCUGCUUACGCUGAAUGUACAAAUCUCAUCACGCAGGCAAAGAAGGGGAAGCUGGAGAAUAAACCAGGAUGCAACCAAGAACAAACACUUGAAGCUAUGAUAUCUGGAAUCCUUUCAAGAGUUCGGGACAAGGUCGGAGACAUUUGUAUGCAGGAGCUGAGUCGACAUAACGCACCUCUAAUCAUGGCAACUUGUGGCUCUAAAGGUUCCGUGAUCAAUGUUUCUCAGAUGGUUGCCUGUGUCGGCCAGCAAAUCAUUGCGGGUCACCGUGUUCCAGAUGGUUUUCAAGAUCGUUCUCUACCACAUUUCCCGAAGAAGUCGAAAGAACCUCCAUCCAAAGGUUUCGUUAGAAACAGCUUUUUCAGCGGUCUGCUACCGACCGAGUUUCUGUUUCACGCUAUCUCCGGUCGUGAGGGUUUGGUCGACACCGCGGUGAAGACCGCUGAGACCGGCUACAUGCAACGACGUUUGAUGAAGGCACUGGAGGAUCUAACCACUCAAUAUGAUCUAUCAGUGCGCAACUCCACAGGCGGCGUUGUACAGUUCAGAUAUGGUGACGAUGGCUUGGAUCCUGCAUGUCUUGAAGGUGACGCACAGCCAGUCGAGUUCGAGCGGGCAUGGACGCAUGCUUUGGCAAUAGGAAAUCGUCGUGGUCGCGGUUUACUUCCCUUCGAGAUCGUGGAACUCGUUGAUCUAGAGCUCAAGAAACCAAAGUUCACCAGCGAGUGCACACCAGCAUAUCUUGAUACUAUACGAGACUUCGUCGUUCAGCAUAUCGCUCAUCAUCUCGCUGCGAUGCGCAAAAGCCAGGGGAUGUUUGAGGCUCUGGAGCGCUCAGAUGAAUGGGAUUGCGAUACCGACUUGUCUAUGGGAGCUUCAGCUGCCUCCAAGGCUAUCGUAGACAAUAAGGCCAAAGUUACCGAGUCUCAACUCCAGCAUUUUCUUGCCUUGUGUUGGAAAAAGUACGUCAAAGCCAGGAUUGAGCCCGGUUCCACUGUAGGUGCAGUUGGUGCUCAGUCCAUUGGAGAACCAGGGACACAGAUGACCCUCAAGACCUUCCAUUUUGCCGGGGUUGCUUCGAUGAACGUCACGCUUGGUGUUCCGCGAAUCAAAGAAAUCAUCAACGCAUCCAAGACCAUUAGCACGCCCAUUAUUAGCUGCAAGCUCGUCACUCCCAACAGCGAGCCUUCUGCACGUAUAGUUAAGGGCCGUCUUGAAAAAACUCACUUGGGCGAUAUUGCUGCUGUUUUUGAAGAGGCAUGGGCGCCAGAGUACACUUAUAUCGGUGUAAUUAUAGAUAUGGAUACCAUCCAGAAGCUUCAGCUUGAACUCACUUUGGACGAUAUAAAGUGGGCGAUCGUAGCCACGAGAAAGCUCAAGAUUAAACAAGAGUCCAUUACCGUCAUUCCUCGCAGAAACCGCUUGCGCAUCUAUAUUGACGGAACGGACAAAUACUACAAGUUGCGAGAAUUGAAGCGAGUUUUGCCGGAUGUAGUAGUCAAGGGAGUGCCAACUAUUCAGCGCGCCGUCAUUAACAUCAAAGAGAAGGACGACGCUAAGGGAAAAAAGGGAGACAAGGAACUACUUGUAGAAGGUUACGGACUACAGAAGGUCAUGACCACGGAGGGGAUUGUUGGUGAGGCCACGACUUCUAAUCAUGUAAUCGAGACAGCAAAGGUCUUGGGGAUUGAGGCAGCAAGACGGACCAUCAUCGACGAAAUCCAGUAUACCAUGCAGAGCCACGGAAUGAGCAUUGACCCUCGUCAUGUCAUGUUGCUUGGCGAUGUCAUGAGCUACAAAGGAGAGGUUCUUGGUAUCACUCGCUUUGGUGUCGCGAAAAUGAAGGACAGCGUUCUUAUGCUUGCUUCUUUCGAAAAGACGACAGACCAUUUGUUUGAUGCAGCGGCCUUCGGGAAGAACGAUAGUAUCGCUGGUGUAUCAGAAAGCAUUAUUAUGGGUAACGCAGCUGCAAAUUGCGGAACUUCUAUGCCUGCCUUAUAUUCACCAUCGCCCCACAUAAGCAAACCACGAAGGUUAUUAUUCGAAGAUGCGUUAUAAAAGUUGUUUCUCCACCAAGCUACCUUAUUUCUAUAUAUCUCUACCAACGCUUGUCACAAGGAGAACCUGUACGGAUUGUGUGCAAAGCUAAGCUGUGGCUUGUUAAAAGUCAUAAUGUCGAAA